AAAGAAUAACUCUGCCCCGGCCUGGGCCCCCGUCACUUUUUUGCGCGCUCCAAAAUUUCAAUAUUACAUAUUCGCACGUUGCGGCGGCAGUUCGAGCGGGCCAACCAACCUCAAUCUCCCGUGUGUGAUUAUCAACAUCAUCAUCAUCAUCAUCAGCGUAUUUACCUUUUUUUUUUUCGAUUAGUUUUUUUCUCGCCAAAGCGAAUGGUUUAGUUUGUUUUUGUACGGAAGCACGGCGACACUCGUCGAUUUUUAUUUAAUUUUUUUUUUUUGGUUUCGGCGUGUUUUUUUUUUUUGGUUUUUGGGAAAUUUGAAGCGCGGAACUGUGACGUUUUGGUGCGCGUCCACACACAUACACACACGCGUGAUUUCUCCCGAGGAAAUUCGUAAAAGAGCGGGAAAAGUAGUGGGUUCGGAUCAGAAUGGACUUGUCGCCGUCGUUGGUUGGACAUAAAUGACUUAAGGACGUAUUUUGUACUUGAGCAGCAUAAAAACCGACGACAAUGGUGGACACUCAACAUUUUUGUCUGCGCUGGAACAAUUACCAGAGCAGCAUCACUUCCGCUUUUGAGAACCUCCGUGACGACGAGGAUUUCGUCGAUGUGACGCUCGCGUGCGACGGUAAAAGCCUGAAGGCGCAUCGCGUCGUUUUGUCGGCCUGUAGUCCCUACUUUCGAGAGUUACUUAAGUCGACACCCUGUAAGCACCCUGUGAUAGUACUCCAAGAUGUUGCUUGGACCGACCUCCAUGCCCUAGUGGAGUUCAUUUACCAUGGAGAAGUAAAUGUCCAUCAACGAUCUCUGUCUUCUUUCCUUAAAACCGCCGAAGUCUUAAGGGUCAGCGGACUUACGCAGCAACAUGGAGAUGGAAGAGAACAGUUAGCACAAGUACAAAGCUUAAUAAGAUCUCAACAGCAACACCAAGCACCCCCCACUCCCCCGAUCCCCAACCAUCACACUUACACGGAUAAAUUAGUGGAGGAUGCCCUAUUUACGUCCCCCUCGUCCCCCCCACAUGGAGCCACUGUCAAUCAGCUUUUAAGGAGGGCGGCAAUGCAGUACAGACGAGAACGAUUUGACAGAAGGAUAUCGUCCGAUCCGGAAACCGACCAUAAGAGAGCCCGAUCAGAACACAUUAUAGGAAAUAACAACAAUAACGAAUUGAAUUUAUCACAUAAUCCGCCUCAGACUCAGCCCGCCGACUUCUCGCCCAGUGCCAUGAAAAAUAACGCCCUUAAUUUGAAUAUAAAUUCGUCUCCGUUGACUAAAUCGGAAAUCGUUGAAGGAAAUGGCAUUAGCAGUACGGACCGAGAGAACUCCCCAUGCUCCCCCUCACCCACCCAUCCCCUUUCACGGUGUCACAGCGAUAGCAAUGAGAAUAACGUCAAAAAUGAACCUAUAGAGAUGAUGUGCAGCACUAACCAGCCAGAUGAGAAUAGUAAUGACUCGGGAGAAAAUGCACCGAAUGAAAAUGGUCCGAACAAUUUACCCCACGGUCCCCACUCGGGGGGCAGUUCGGCGGGGGAUCACGAUGACCACGACAGCCCCAUAGCCCCCUACCUCACCCCAUCAGAGAGUAAUAAACUAUUCGCCACUGCUGCCGGGGGGUUUAAUUUUAGUAUGGCCGCCCUCGCGGCCGACCCCGCCGCCCUAGGAAACCUCUUCGUUCCAGGUCUGAAUCAAUCGCUGCAAGGUAACGACACGUUGGCCGGUACGUCACAAGGACCGAUGAGAAUGCCGCCCCCGACCAGCGGCGGCAUCAACGAGCCCCAAGAGUGUCCGUACUGUAGGCGCACCUUCAGCUGCUACUACAGCCUUAAGCGGCACUUCCAAGACAAACACGAACAGUCGGACACGCUGUACGUGUGCGAGUUCUGUCACCGACGGUACCGCACCAAGAACUCGUUGACCACCCACAAGAGUCUACAGCACCGGGGCUCCAGCGGGAUGCUGAAGCGGCUGUUGAAGACCACCGCGAUCAAGAGCGUGUUGGGGGUGGCGGCCAGCGUUAGUCCGCCCCACGGCGGCCAGAGGCCGCAGUAAGGUUUGAGGUUGUUUGAUAUGUUCGCGAUUUUUUUUUCUCUCUUCUUGGUUUUACGUUUCAAAUUUUUGGCGGGGUUUUUUUUUCUUUCGGCUGAAAUGACAUUGUUUUAAGGAAGGGAGUCUGGCAACAUCGGUUGUUUUAUGUCAGUGUUGUCGGAUGUCAUAAGAGUUAUCGCAUGCGCUGUUUUAAUCAUCGUAAGUUUUUAUUGAAGAAGUCCAUUUUGGAAAUGGAGUAAAUGGAUGCUAAUAUUGUUUUAGGAGUUAUGGAUUUCGAUGAGAUCACUCAUCAUCAUUGGAAUCUAAAAUAUGUUUAUAAUCAAAAUCGUACAAGGUUUAAAAAGUCAUUACAAAGGUGAAAUGCACAAUACAGUCUUGUACUAGAACUACAAAUUAAUUUAAAAGAACUUGAUUGUUUAAAAACAAUUAAAAGCAUAAAUAUUAAAAUUGCGCAGAAGGUGAUGGCAUCUAAUAAUUAUUAACCAUUGAUCCAGGCCAAAUGUCAUUUAAAAUAUAUUGCGAAAGGUUGAAAAAUGUUGAAGCUGGAGAUAAACAGACCAUAAUAUGAAUCACUUAUUUGAGAAACCCCACAUGUUCAAAAAUCAAGAUUUUAAGAAAAACUGCUUUAAUUAACUUAAAAAUCUAAAAAAGCAAGUGUCCCAAAAUAAAGUAUGGGUACUUGCUGUAAAGUUUUUAGCAAAAAUGAAAACCAAAAUCUUAUGGUCUUGUGAGAAAAAAAUUAAAAUGGCCGUGGACAUGUGGGGUUUCUAGAAUAAACAUACAACUUUUUUUGAAAACGAGUUUAUGAAGUCGAAAUAAUAUCAAAUACAAUACAAAAUAAUAGAAAAACUCUGUCAAUCUUCAUUAACAUUGUCAUCGUCACCACCAACAGUUGGCCAUUCAAAUAUUUGCCGAUAAAGGUUUUCAAUUUCUUCGCCUUUUCCUUCUAUAAACCUCUCAAACUUUUUGAUAUUCAACAUUUUUUUUGCACUGAUUGGGAUUUUUGUAUUAGGGGGGUAUGCAACGACUGCUGGAACAGUUCUGACAACGGUAAAUGUUCCUAACCUAAAUUUAUGCUCUACAAGGCCAUCAAUAAAGUUUGGGGCAGUCACGACGCCUUUUUCGGGUUCACCUUGGCAAAAUCCCUGUCACAUGGCAUGUAGGAAUGUCCUCUUAUGGGAAAAUACUGGUUCACACUUUGAAAUCGUCCGAGGUCUGUAAGGCCUAAGCACAUCCUAACAACUGAAUGGUUUUUAUUCUGGCCACCGUAUCCGUCAGAAAAAAUAUGGAAAUGUUCAAUGUUUGGUGGAAAUUCACUAUUUAUAAAAUCCAUAAUAAAGGAACAAACCUCAUUUGGUCCUUUUUUGCCUAUACCUUCAUGGUAUACAUAAAACAUUGUUUUUCCAGACUGAAGGUCGUGGAUAUUAACACUUAGAGACAAGCUAAAACGUUCCUUGAAUAUCUUGCGAUAAAAGCUGUACUUCACAGAUGAUUCGGGAUAUUUGUUGAUAAAUAACUCAUGCAUUUUUUUGAUGUCCAAUUUUUCACUAAGAUAGUGAUAGUGUCGACUGCCAUAAUGUGAUUUUUUUUAAGGGAAAUAUACGAAUAUGUUCCUCUAAUUACCUGACCACCCCUCCAGGUUUUGCAUUUCCUGGGGUACUUUUACCUCGUCUAUUGUUAGGUGAUUUUCCCAAUGAUAAUAAACAAGUGUCGAACAUGGUCUACGGUGACGCCACGGAUACUAACAAAAGAUUUGCAAGGUUUUGCAAACACUAAACUUUCCUGAACUAGAAGACACCGUAUUUAUAUGAUUUGCUUUUUGGUAUUGCAUUACUAAUACUCUAGGUCGUUUUCUUGAAAUUUCUGAACACUCGAUUGAAGUCUGCAAAUAUGCAUCUUGUUCAUUUUUCGUUUUAAUGCCGAUCUCCUUUGGGAAUUUUAUGGAAACAGCGUUAUCUACAUCUAAAAGCGAAAAACAUAGUAAAAUGAAACUUAAAUCGACAAAAAUAAAAUUAUUUAUCUUACUGGCAUGGUUUACCUAUUGCCCGCUCCUUUACUUUAAUGCCUCUGUAAUUCAGAUAUUCUUUGCUUUCACUUCAUUUUUAUAAAUAACUUGUUUAAAUCCCUUUUUGCGUUUUUUAGGAAUAACUUCCACAGAAACAUCCUCCUCGGAUGACGACAUUGUCAAAACUAAAUAUAAAUAAACGCAGUACGCAAGGCAUGCUAUUUGCCACGUAGGCGUUUAUUUGAGAAACACCACGGGCCGGGACUUUCAAAUUAAUUUUUUCAAAUAAAUACAUAUUUUAAAGUAGCGCUGAAAGCGUUAUAUGGGUUGGACAUGUGUGAUUUCUCUGUAAAAUAUGCGUCUAUUAUAGAAGACAUUACGUUUGGCGAUACAAACGUCUAGAGGACGCCACUUACAGCAUUUUUUUGGUAAUUCAAAUUAAAAUUUUUAUUAUCCAAAAUUGACACAAUACAGUGUAUGGAAUUCGUCUAUGUUCAAAGAAGCUAAAGUUUCAACCAUUACAUAGCUAAAUCUACACUAUCACUAAACCUAGUUUACACACUCAAAAACAUGAUUGAGCCACAAACUUAAUAAAUAUACCUGGACUGCUAAUGCAUAUGGCCACCAUACCCAAAAAUGACCACUGUCUGGUGGCCGCCAUUUUUAUAGUGGUUGUGUCCUUUUGGAGUUGGUCACUCUGAACAUUUCUAGUGUUGCCAACAAAAAAUAUAUAAAUAACGGUAAUGAAGUUGACGACACUAACGUUUGACGUGUGACCUGUCACGAACUAAAUUAAUUUUUUUCAUUGUCAUUGUUUUUAAACCAUCAUUGGGAUUCUAAAAUCACGACUCGACACGAUCACUCGAUAUGACUUCUAAAUAACAUUCUCAAUUGUGAGUAUAGCGGAUUGCCUAGUUUUUGGCGAUUUUUAAACGACGCUUGGGUAUAUCGUCUGCAACAGGCGAUGUAGCUUUCUCCUUAUUUAAUAUCUGGAUAUUGUAUCACCGUCCUUAAUUAAACGUAUUUGGUUCACUGCUUCUCAAAACCGAAUUAUUGUGAAUUGUCUGUCUGUGUUGUUUAUGAUAGAAUAAUAUAUAGAGUUGUUUAUUUUUACUAAUAUAAACCCUUGCUAAUUACAAACCCUCAUAAAAUUAUCUGAGAAUUAAUUUAUUUUAUAAAUUUUAAUGAAAUUCUUGAGGUAUAAGAAAAAUCACAGAUCUAACGCAACUAUCUUAAGUUCUUUAAAAUCACUGCUGGGGACGAAAAAAAGAUGUUCUGACAACACUGGAGCGGGUAUUAAAGUUUAUUCACUACUCAAUGACAAUUGAUAGACUAGACAUGGUUGCCGGCUCUAUUUUAAAUCAGUCUUAUCGAGAAAUUUCUUUAAUCAAAAUCAACAGAUUUUUACGUUUUUUGUUUAGCAUUGUUGCCGCUUCGUUUUUUUUAAGAAAGUGACAGGCAAGAACCAGCGUUGCCUUCGUUUAUUUUUUGAGAACUACUGGUGAGAAAACUAAGACGAAUAAUGAAUACAUGGUUCGAUAUAGGGUAGAGUGCGCACUUAAGGUUUAAUCAGGUAAAAAAUCCAAACGAAUUGCGUUGAGAAUAUAUAUUUUUUUAUUUAUGACUGGUGAUACUUAAACAACAAAAUGAGGUAUAAUUCGCAAACUAAACAUCAGUACUUCCACAGAAAAAAUUAAACUUAAAAAAAGUGAUUUUGCGCACUCUUAUAAACCUGCUUUUUAAGAGUACGCAUUUAGUAUUGUAAGAGUACGCACGCAAUUUUAUGAACAUAGGUCACAUGUAUAAGAACCAGAACCCUCGUAGGCACUGCAAUUUUUAUGCCACCAUUCAGCACACAAUAUGCACUCAAUCCAGUCUUCUGUAACAGGUACUUUAAAUGUUUUGUUGCACCCUGGACAGCUCCACAUUUUCUUAUGAGGCGGUGAUUUUGGCUUCUUCAAAACAGCUUUUCCAUUUUUCGGUGUAUUCUUUGCUCUCUGAGGUUCACAGCGCAUUUUAUUUUGAAACUCCCUUCCGAAAGCUCUUGUGGUGGUGGUAGGUUAUCGCCCAUAUCUAGUUUGACUAUGGGUUUCGGUUUUUUUUUUCUCUUUUUCUUCAAUUAGUUGGUCCUUAUAUGGGGAGCUGGUGAUAAUUUCCGACUUUUUGCUUCUGCGACUUGUUGACCUGAACGUAAUUGAUUUGGGUAAUGGAGAAAUUGUUGUUAAUUUAACAUAAGUUGAUGAUGUUCCAGAACUGUUCGAUAAAUCAAAUGUUUUGGUUUCUGGCGCUACAGCAACUGUUUGUUCCAAAGUUGAAAUGAUUGCAGAUGUAUUGGAAACCAGCUCUGUAGGCUGAGGUUAAUUUUUCUUAGUAGUGGAACUCUCAAGAACAACAGUUGGACUGUCAAGAACUUUGGAAGCAUUUUCAGAGGCUAAUUCAGAGAUUUGAUAAGGUUGAAUAUUGAUUUUAGAUGUUGAGUUAUCAGCGACUUCUAAUUGAAUGUAUGGCGCUUCUACUUGCGUAGCUACUGUAGCUGUAGCAGAAUUUUCUCGUUCUGUGACUAAAGUGGCCAUGCAGUCAGCUUCGGUAAAUAUAUCAUCAUUAAAGGGACAUAUCCCUGUCACUUUAAAACCUUCAAUCGCAUUCGUUAAAGUAGCAGCUUUAAAAUAUGCAGGUGCAAAUAUUGAAGCAAUUUGGUAGACCGUAAUUACCCGCCCUGGAUGGUUCGUCAACCAUUUUUCACACUCGUUGGAAUAAAACUUUUUUAACGGGCUAAAAAAACAUCGGUCAAGUGGCUGCAUACGGUGGCUACUAUGAGGAGGAAGUGUUAAUGCGAUAAUGUUAUAUGCGAAAAAAAUCAACUGCUGCAAUAGAACAAUAGAAGUGUGGUUAUCCAUUGUCAUUAGUACUGGUUGUUCCUUUGUUGGCUUAGCAUGAUCUCGAAAAUGUGUGGCAUAAUCAACAAACAAAUCCUGAUUGAUCAAACUACUAUCAGAUACCAUUCCAAUUGAAGAUGGCGGAGCUCCGUCCAAAAGUUCUGCCUUCAUUCUUUUACGUGGAUAUAUAAAUGCGGGAGGAAUAAAUUGUCCACUAGCACUAAUUGCACAUACAACAGUAACAUUGGUUCCCCGUUCUGCGCUUGAUAUUUCAUUGACACACCUUUUUCCUUUUGUAAAGAAAACUUUAGGGGGUUUGUUUGGGACAGUUAAAAAUCCCGAUUCGUCCAUAUUGUAAAUUGCAUGUGGCGGAAAAACGGCGAGAGGUUUUUAUAAAACCGCUCACACUGUGGUUUAUUAAACCCAACAGCCCUGGCGACGCUUGUAGCGGUGGGUUGCCUUAAUGUAACAUCUUUGUGCCGUUUUAAAAAUCCACGCAGCCAGCCCUUGCCUGCCAUUUUUGAAGUUAUAUUAAAACGAUGUUUUAAUUUGAUUUUUCAGCGAACUCAAAUGCUAGACUUCUUAGAGCUCUAGAAGUUAACCCGUAAAACAUGUUGUCUAUUGUUUUAAUAUAAUUACACAACUCUUCUUCCAUUUCUGCUGUUAAAGUAAUGUCGAAUCUUUCUGGUUUUGUAGCUACAGUUGUCCUUUUUAGCCUUUUUCUUAACGUGCUUUCCGCCAUUCCUAAGGAUUUUGCCACGCUUCUCUUACUUUCUCCAUUUUCAAGCCUCUGUCUUGCUGCCUCCAUAACCGCCGGUGAGCAUAAAGCACGUUGAGAACUUCGUUUUCUGCCAGACAUGCUGAAAAACAAGAAAAAAUACGUUUAAUCCGUUAGAACAAAAAAACUGGUUUGUAAGAGUGCGCGCGUACUCUUACAAUAUUAAUGAUUGCGCACUCUUACAAAACGAGCGUGUUUUAAAAAGCGUCAGUACUGCCUCCAUCUUGGUUCGAAAUUGUAAACAACGGUAUGAUUUACACGAUUCUUCAAGGUUUAUUGUAAGCAUGACAAAAUAUGACCGCGAAAUUCUUGAAAACUACAGUUGUGUACAAUAUCCAAAAUGUCAAAAUAUAAUAACAAAACAGAUAAAAUUCCUUAAACUUACUUAAUAACGUUAUUAUGGCUAUUCAUUUGCUUAAAAUGCACAAGAAACAUGCAGAUACUCCUCUUAAUCAGUACGAACUAACACCUUGUUGUUGUCGACAACGUGCUCCAAAAAUCGACGAGUGCGUACUCUUAUUGACUGCGCACUCUUAGACCACUGUACCAUAAGCAUAAUUUUAUAUCUAUGAAAUCAAUGACAAAUGACAGGUAAAACAUUAUUGCCAAUUCUAUCGUAAACGCGUUUUCUCGCCAAGGUGUUUUUGACAAAAGUAACAGAUUGUUUGAGAAAAUUAAUGGAAGAGAAAAACAAUAUUUUGGCAACGCUGGAACUGUUAUGUAAGUUUAUCCAGAUUUGUCAAAAUUAAUGACAAGUAAAGUAUAAGGCGCUGUUGGCAAUAGUUUAGUUUAAAACUAAAAUUUCACACACUCAAAUUCACAUCAAGUAUAAUUAAAGUUUUUUUUUUGCUGGUGAAAGAAUUAAAUUCAGUUGUGGAAACAAUAGAUCGAAAGCAUAAUCGUCAAGACGUUUGGGUGAUCUGACAAAACCAAUGACAAGUGACAAAUAAGACACGAUUGCCACAUCUACUCAAUAUUAGUUCUAUUAAUAUUCAUUUUAUUAAUAUAAAACGGAAAGGAUGUUCUAACAACACUGGAACACUAACUGUUCUAACAACACUAUUUUAAGUUAGUUUUGGCAAGCCUGGAACAGUUAUGUAAGUUUAUCCGUUAAUUUGACGUCAAGAUCUCUCGAAAUUAAUAACAAGUGAAAUAUAAGGCGUUGUUAGAAACUCUACCAAGAAAUUCCUGUGCAAGCACUGUAUCGUUAAAAAUGUAACUUUAGCAACCAAUUCUUAUCAAUAACCGAUUUAAAGUUUUUUUGCUCAUGAGAGAAUUAAAUAUUGCAAUUCAGUUGUGGCAACACUGGAUCGAAAACGUAAACGUCAAAACAUUCAGGUGAUUUGUCACAGCCAAUGACAAGUGACAGAUAAGACUCUGUUGCCACUUCUAUGUAAUAUUAGUUCUGUCGAAAUAUUUUUUUUAAUAAAAUAGGAAGUUUUCUAAACGGUAAAAAAUAUUCUUGCAACACUGGAACAGGUAUAAAAGUUUAUUCACUACUUCAAUAAAAAUUGAAAGAAAAGCCAUGGUUGCCAGCUCUAUUUUAAAUCAAAAUGUCAUUUCAACGAACCCGCCAAUAUAUAUUUAAAAAAAAAAUCAUACAAAUCACACAGUCACUGCCUUAAAAGUGACGGCCUAGCCUCCACGAAAGUACAAACUAAAAAUAGUUAAAAAAAAAUGAAAAAGAAACUUAUUGUAGUUUUAUAAGAGUAUCUCCUUGGUAUCGUUAUAAAAAAAAAUCAUAUAUUUAUAUAACGUAACGAUUGUCAAAAUUUUGAUGGAGGUUUAUACAAAAUAAAAAGGAAAAAUGUUAUAUUACGACAUAUCUUAACCAUAUCAUAACGUUCUCACGGUAUCCUUAGGCAUAAUUAUCACAAUAUUUAUCACAAAAGCUGACAGACUAUCACGAUCAUUAUCCCUUUCUGUGUUUCUGUGAUGUUUAUGAAAUUGUUAAUAAAAGAAAAAAAUAAUAAUAAAUUCUUCGUCGUGGCCAAAAAAAAAAAAAAAUUGUUAAGGUAUAUAGGCAAAGUGCUCAUUGUAAUAUGUCUUUUUAGCAUCGGUAAGCGUAUAGGUGUACAAGCCCUACAUUAAAAAUGUACGGCUUUAGUUGGUAAACAUUAUUUGUAAAUCUUACUUAACGAAAGAAAAUGUUAAAUUAUGUAUGUUUUAAUUGUUAAUUUUUAAGGAGGACUCCCUCUUGUGUCUGUGAGUGUCUCACUAAAAUGGGUAUUUUCCGGUUAUAAAAGUGGGGCGUGCUGGAUAUUUUCGAUUUUUUCCUACAAAAAAAAACUGGAUAAUCCAAUCCAGGAUUACCAUUAGGCAAUGGUUUAUUUUGUAUGGUCUUCCAGGUAUUUAAAGUAAAUUUUUUUUAAAAAUAUAUUAAUUGCAGUGUUUCAAUUGAAAUAAAGACGUUAGUGGGCAGUUUUGAAGAAAAUAGAGGCUUACUUCGUUAUUUUAAAUGGAACACUACAUAUUAUUACAAUGUUAGAUUCUAUAAAAAAUGCCAUAUUAUUUUGAUUGUACUGGUCAAUUUUUAAAUUUCAUUCAAAAUUGUGAGUUACGCCUUGUUCAUAUUUAAUGGCGCUAAAAUUGAAAAUAUCCAUCAGGACCGACUGAAAAUAUUCUGAACAAACCUACAUAUCUUCCCAGGGUUAAAUAUAAUAAUUAUCAAUUUUUUUGUAUAUAGGAUAAACAUGUGCCAAUUUUUAAUUAUUAUUAAUAAUAAACAAUUUUAAUUAUUAAUUACGUUUAAAAACAAACAAACAAUAAUUAAUUUUAAGUCUCUGAAUGCCAAACGAAUGGGUUUUUUCGGCGCUUGGGCGCACCGGAAAUGAAUUGAAAAAAAAAUUAGUUUGGGCGCGGUAAGAUGUUUCGUUUUUUUUAUUUUAGGCAAAAUUUUAAGCGCCCAAACGUCGAUUGUGAUUUUGUUUUUUUUUAUUUAUUUAUUUUAUUUAUUUAAAUCGCUGUGAUUGUUUAUUAGGUUUAACGGGUUUCCGGUGCGGCCGUCGCCACUUUAUUAUUAAUUUAGUCUCGAGGAAAAUUACUGAUGCAAGGCCAAAUAUUACAAAAAAAAAAUUCAGAAUUUUUUUUUUGUACGUUUGGUUUGAUCUGAACAAUUAUAGGCACGCUUAUUUGUAUUAAGCAUACAUUUUUGACGACUGUAUCUUUAGUGCUGUGACUUUUAUUACUAUUUAAAAAAAAAAUAAUAUUUUUUGUUUGGGAAAAAGCAACGUCUGACUAGGUUAAAAGAAAGGAAAAGAAAAAAAUUUGGUUUAAUUUAUUUUAAUUUUGUGAUAUGGCCCUACCAAAGACGCCCUUUUCGGUUUUAUUUUUUUGAAUUUUUUUUGUUUAUUUUUGCGUAUUCACGAGACGUACUUCGAAACAAGUGUGCCAUCGAUUGGAAAUAAUUCACAGGUCUACAAACGUUUUGUUGUAAUAAAGCCGGGAGUCAUUUCCAAAAUAUUUUUUAACGUAGAAUCCAGUCUGAGGUAAUGUAACUGCAAAAUUGCUUGUUUUAACAACAUUUGAGGUUAUGCGUAUGAUGCAAAUAUAUUUAUGUGACCAAAUUUAAUUUUAAAAAUUAUUAUUGGAAAGUCGGGAAAUCAACAUUUCAGUAUUUUUUAUACAAAAGAAAGAAAUCUGGCAAAACAUUAAUGAACGAGGAUAUGUGCAGUUUUAAAGAAAAUAGAAGGUAACUUCGUAAUUACAACUUGUAUAUUAUUAAAUUUUCGGAUUCUACAUAAAAAUGCAAGAAAUUCGAUGGGUCGCAUGCCAUAGGUACAUUGGUUGAAUUGUUUUCAAAAUAUAAGCAGUUCAAGUUUAGAAAAAAAAAAUUUACCGUUUAUAUCUUGGAAACGGCUUAACAAAAGUAUGACUAUUAGGUAAUUGGAUAAGGCGCAAUUUGAAACGAUGAUGUAGCUGAAUAUGGCGAGUUUUGAUUCGUUUUGUAAUACAGACCGGCUAGGUAUUAGCACAAGGAAUAAUAAAAUACAUUUACCACGAUUUUUACGAAAAAUGGAUAAGACGAGUUUUGAUAUGGAACGCAUCAUAUAGCGGGUGACACAGAAAACAGAGAACACUUAAUAACUUUUUUACUGUUUAAAGAUAAACAAAUGAAAUUUGGUACAUCGAUAGAAUAGUAAUUAUAAGAGCAUCUUUUGACAUAUUCUAUUGUUUUCCAUCACUUCCAGUUUAACAGGAAGAGACACUUACGCAAUGCUGCAGAGUGCGAUAUUUUGGAUUUAUUCUCGCAUUAGCAAGCUCAGCACUAUCUAUUCCAAAUUCUAAUUUUAACUCGUGAAAAUUGACAGACUCAGUCAAUCUCAACCCAUCACUAAAAUAUGAUUCAAAACGUGAUCUAACGUCAUCUCUGGGACUAAAAAAAGAAGCUACCUCUGCAGUCAGCUUUUUCUCGUUAUCUGUCUUUUCGGAAACUUUGUGCUCUUUUGAGGGAUUCAUUGGGAUUGGCGGUACUGCCGUUUCCAAAAGUUGCAUGGUAAGAUUUUCUUUGAAAGUCGUUAUUGAAAUUUUUUUCUCGAUAACCCUUUGUGGACGGCAGUGCAACUUUCAGAUAAGAGCACAGAUCGUUGUCAUCUAUACCAUGACAACCAUCCCGCUCGUUCGGUAAUUACCGCCGAUUCUCCGUACAGCUCGGAGGCUAAUUUGCAUCGAAUAUAUUUUAUGGGACUUGAUAGGUUUAUUUAUUGUUAUUUGUUAUUCUAAUUGCCUUACAAUAUUAAAAUUUAGCGAAAGUAUAAAAGAUAUAUUGAGUAAAAUAAAAAAAUAAAGUUUUAGUAAAUAUUUGUAAUAUAUCAUGUAAUAAAUGGCAGCAAAUUUCUUUUUUUAUCGGAGAGCUUUUUAAUAUACUUUUAGAACAUUUUUUUUUAUCAAGAAAGUUAAAAAUAAAACGCAUUUUAUAGUUUAUAGGAAAGCAUGAUAUUUAUUCUAAAAAAAAACAAAAAAGAACACGUAUUUAUCUGUAAUUUUCCUCGGUGUGAUAUUUCUCAAAGCACUCCCCGGGAUGCAAAGCAGGGUGGUCUUGACAUGUUUUGCAAUAAUAGGUAGUAGUUUUUCGGCCACCUUUUUUUGAUCGAUCACUGCAAACUUUGCAAUCGGAAUUAUUUUUUCUUGCAUAAAUGGCAUGGAACCUAUUAUUUAGACGAGAAAUAUCCUCGGCACCAUAAGCUGAUCGACGUCUGGAUGUAUUUCUGUAGUUUCCAACUAAUUGAAUAACUAAUUUUUU